AUGUCUUCGAAUCAACAGGAGAUUGGAAGCGCGGCUGCUGUCUGGGCUCCAACUGAGACAGCACCUCUAAAACCGGCAGCAACCUCUCCCACAACAUCAAUCCACGACCUCAUCUGCAUUGGGUUCGGCCCGGCUUCCCUCGCCAUCGCCAUCGCCCUCUCAGAAUCAUCCUCUGCUGCCAAUGUCUCUUUCCUCGAGCGCCAACCCAAAUUUGCAUGGCACGCAGGCAUGCAGCUCCCUGGCGCAAAGAUGCAGAUCUCCUUCAUGAAAGAUCUGGCGACGCCUCGGAACCCCAAGUCCCAUUUCACAUUCGUCAACUACCUCUUCUCCAAGAACAGACUCAACACCUUCAUCAACUUGGAUACGUUCACACCGUCGAGAUUGGAAUACGAGGACUACCUUAGGUGGUGCGCGUCUCACUUCGAGGACCGGGUCACGUACGGCCAGGAGGUGGUCUCCGUCGAGCCCGACGUUACGUUGAAGAACGGAAAGGUGUCUCAAUUCAAGGUCGUGUCGAAAAAUACCGUGACCGGGGCGCUACGUGCCCGGGUAGCGAGGCACGUGGUCAUCGCCGUCGGAGGCAAAGGGAAGAUCCCAGCCGAGCUGCCGCAAUCGCACCGACAGGUCGUCCACUCCUCCAAGUACUCCCAGCAGGUGUUAUCCGCCCUCCCCGAUCCAAGCCAGGCGUAUCACAUCGCCGUGGUCGGCAAUGGACAAUCCGCCGCCGAGAUCUUUAACGACCUGCCGUCCCGAUAUCCCAACGCCAAGGUCUCGCUGCUGAUCAAGGACAGCGCGCUGCGUCCGAGCGACGACUCACCGUUCGUCAACGAGAUCCUUGACCCGGAGCGCGUGGACGGCAUUUUUGCCACUGACAGCGCCCUGCGUGCGACUCGCAUCACGGCUGACAAGGCCACCAACUACGGCGUCGUCCGCCUCCACCUGCUCGAGCACCUGUACGAGAAGCUGUACCUGCAGCGCCUGCACAGCGAGGAUCCGGCCACCUGGCCCCUCGGCAUCCGCUCCAACCGCCAGGUGAGCCAGGCGCGCGAGACCGCGGACGGGAAGCUGCUGCUGCGCCUGGCGAAGCUGGGUCCAGACGCCAUGGACGCAAGCGAAGAGGAACUGCUCGUCGACGCCGUAUUCGUGGCGACGGGCUACGAGCGUAACGCGCACGAGAGCAUGCUGACCCACACGCGUGGACUCCUCCGCCCGCAAGACCGGGAACAGGGAGCGUUCCCCGUCCGCCGCGACUACAAGAUUGCGUUUGACGAGUCGAAGGUGGCCCCCGACGCGGGUGUCUGGUUGCAAGGCUGCAACGAGAAGACGCACGGUGUAAGUUCUUCCCUCGCCGCUGAUAUGGGAAACCAAUUGACUGGCAAACAGCUGAGCGAUACCCUCCUUUCCAUCCUGGCCGUCCGUGGAGGCGAGCUGGUGCAGUCUAUGUUUGGCGGCGAGCAGCAGCAGCAGCAGAAUCAGCAGGUGAUUCGAGCCAAGUUGUGA